AUGCUUCGCAAAAAGGAUGUCUUUACGGUGAUUACCCCGAUUCCCGGCUUCAUCCCGCGCCAGCUUGCGCUCGAUAUCCUCCAUUCGCACAGCGAAGUCAUCACCCUCAAUCCGCUCGUCCUCGAGCACAAGCCCAUCUCGGCCCCGAGAAAUGCCGCCGCCGACGAGUUCUACAGCACUUGGUACGAGAUCACCCAGCGCAUCCAGUUUGUCCCCGGCGUGGGAAACCUGGGCUCCGGCAAGAUUACCUUUACCGGCUGCUUUCACGACAUGCCGUGGGGUUUGCAAACCCACGUCUACGCCCCGUUCAACGUCGAUAUGCGAUCCAAGUACCAGAUUGGCGGCAACCAACCCGGUCUCGAGCCUCCCGAGCAGCGCGAGCUUGGCCUCGGGGCCCCGGCCGAUGGACUUUACCUUCGCGAGGAUAUCGAAAUCAAGUGCAACAUUGCCAUGGUCAGCUUUGUCAAGUCGCAGGCAAAGGCCGCAAACAAGGCCAUGGUCCAGCGCAUCGUCAAGAAGGCCGAGCUGCUCGAUGCCGGUGUUCUCAAGGCUAUGAUGGAGGAUGGCAAGUUGAAAACCAUCAAUCCCAACGAUCGGUCCAGGCUCGAUCGAACCAGCACCGUGAGCUAUAGCCACAGUUCCGGCAUGCCUAGUUCACCGGGGGCUUUCCAGCAACCACAACCUUUGCCAUAUCAACUCCCGGCUUCCCCGUCGUACCACGCCCAGCAGAUGUACCAGGCACAAGGACAGCCUGCGCCGUACAAUUACGACAAGUAUUUGCCGCCGGUGCCGUCUGCGCCCGUGGAGCUGCCCGCCGACAUUCAACAAUACCAGUAUUACCACAGCCAACCCCAAUCUCGGUCUCCCCAACUUCAGGAGUUUACGCCCAACUAUCGACAGUCCGCAUCUUCGUCCGACCCCCGGUGGUCGCUAGGCCAGCCUAGUCCGUCACUGGCUGAUACACAUCGCACCAGUGCCAGCUCCGUACUUAGUGGUGCCGGCAGUUUUGGUCAUCCAUCACCAGGUCUGCAGAGGACAGCAUUCGCGCCAGAGUUGGCUGCUCACACGGAAUCAAGGGACGAGCACAAGUGA